UUUGCUAUUAGGAGAUUGCUCACCUGCAGCCAUAGUGUUGGCUUCCUGCUGGCUUCUCCACAGCACUACUAUUAAACUAAACCAAUAUAUGCCUACAAUAAACAUUGCAAGAACCCAGGAUAGCCAUACAGUAACUAUCCCACUAACAAGGUCACGUACAGUAUUCACUAAUUAUUACAGAGCAGUGUCAUCUCCUUCACAGCAUCUACAAUAGCAGUUGCUAAAUGAAACAUAACAAGGAUUUUCAAUUCUCAUGAUCCAGGGCUUAAACUGACCCUCAACUGGGGUGAGGUAGAAAUAAAUCUUCCCAUCUCCACCUACAGUGUCCUACUAAACAACUGGAAAAGUGCAUUAUGCAUUUUUUAUUUUAUUUGCUCUAGGGGCUAGUAUCAGCCACUCUCAGAGACCGGACACUGGCCCGGACAACACUCCACUGUGAGUCUGUUAGUAUAGGGAAAGCCCUGCAAAUCUGCGGAUAUCCACUUUAUAUCUGAUUUAUAUCUGCGGACCGUGUUUGAGGAUCGGAUGUGGAAACAACUUUUGUAUCUGCUCAGGCCUUUAAGUAUGGGAAGUGCCUAAGAUUUAAAAAGUAACAGCAGGGAAGGGAAGCCAAAUGUAGCACAAUAACACACCAGAGAAAGGUAUGAAGGGACCAUACCUUCAGGAAAGUACCUAAGCUUUAAGAUGCACUUAAGUCCAUCACUAUUCAGCAAAAUAUUUAGCAUGUGCUUAACUUUAAACACAUGCUUAAAUCCCAUUGACCUUGACUUAAAGAUAAGCACAUGCUUAAGUGCUUCGCUGAACAGGGAUGUUUUCUGGAAUUGCGGCCUCAAUCCUGUGCUCAUUAAAGUAAAUGCAAACAGCCCCCACAGGCUUCAGCAAGAGAAGGAUUAGCUGGUAGGACCAUAGCCAUCAGGAUUAUGUAUCAGGCAAUACUUAUAAAGGAAGCACAUUUUAUUUCUGUGAUAGAGCAUGAGGUACUAUCCUUAUUCCUGUUUACAUGUUUGCAAAGGGACCCCAUAUUAGUCAAACAUCAGAAGUUUAUCUUGAAGUUUACUCAGUGCUCUUCCCACUUUCAACCCUUUCAUCUAUGCACAUCCAUACUCAAACUCCUCCAGCAGAAUGCUGGAAGCAGGUAUCUCACAGAUAGUAGCCAUGCCAUCCCACUUAGGACCCAAUCCUGAAUUCCUUAUUAUUCAGGCAAAAUUUUAAUUGACUUCAGUGGGCGUUCUGCCUGAACAAGGAGCUCAGGAUCAGGGCUAAGGAAAAGACAUGCCUAAAGAACACAGAGGAUGAAUAGCAUGGCACUCUCAAGGAGAGCUGCAGAACUUUUACAGCUCAAAAUCUCACUCAGAGUGUAUUGGACACUGUUACAUAGGUACAGCAUGAAUAUGUUUUAGGAAUGGGCAGGAUUAGGGAUUGUUGUUUUUUUUCUGAUUUAAGGAAAGGCCCUUAGCUCCAAAAUGUUUUUUAAAAAAUCAUUAAAACACGCAUUUUAAAUGUCUUUGCUCUGUCGGCUAACACACACUGUUACCUCCUAUCAACUCCACCACAUCUAGGCUCCUCCUACCCCUCCACUGGGAAGAAGUUGAGAAUACUUUUCUUCUACUUCAGCUUAGAACUGUCUAGGGCCUGCCCCUUCCCAGUUACAGUUUUGCCACUGAUGUCCUUGGGAGCAAGAGCAGGCGUUUAGUCAGAAGCGGUGCAGCACUUUAGCCUAAGUUUUUUUUUCAUAAAUGGAAGUGCAAGUAAAAGCAAGAGCAGUGCCAUGCACUGUCCUGGGAUAGGCUGCUGCUUCUGUGUCAAAAUGGGCUUUAUUUCCUCCUCAGAGCACCACCCUGUCAUAACUCUGUGCAGUGCUGUGCCUGCACUGGGGCAGGGUUUUCUUUUCUUUUUUUUUCUUUCAUUUCAGGUGUAUUGGUGGCAGUGCUCAGCUCACACCAGUCAGCAGGAGAAGGCAGUGACCGGAGCUUAGCUGCCAACAUUGUGAAGAUAUUUCCAAGGGCAACUCUCUAAAUAAGCUCAGGUCCUGGAACUGCUAGAGUGCAGUAUGUGCCCUAGUCUUAAAGUGGUCUUUAAAAGAAAGGGGCAGGGGAGGGGCUAUUGUAAUCUGAGACCAGACUUUGGCAAGGCAGUGCCUAAAGAGUGCCCCUCAAUGAUCUAGCUUGAUUUUAAAAAAAAAUUCCAGGGCUGUGACCCCUUGCAAAUCUGCCCCAUACACACACAUUUUAAGCACUGGUGUGUGCACUGUAGCUUCCAAGUCCCAGCCUCUCUUAGAUGGAAACCCAUGUCUCUCUCCCUCAUGCCUGGGGUUUCAAGGCUGCUCAGCUCCCUGCCUUACACUGCAAUAUCCCCAGCAAGCCAGUCUGCCUAAAGGCCAGGGCCUGUGCUUUACUUUUUCUCUCCAAGGGCUAUGAACAGUGUAUUGUCAGUAGCUGCAAGUUACAACACAGCUCUUUCUAAGCAGGCAGAUUUAUUCUUAAGGUAAAUACAUUACAGAGAAAACAUAAAAACAAGUUAAAUUCCUAUAAACACACUAAAAACUUUGCAGAGGUCAACCAUCAGUCUUAUGGGACAUAGCAGGGCAAAAUAUUUCCAACCCUUCUGCAAGGCCCUUGGACAGAAGAUCCAGUCUGUUGGCAGGGUCAGGAAAAAGCUCCGAGUCAAUUUAAAUGCAGCUUUUUAUGCCAAAAGCCUUUUUGCAUCUGUUGGUUUCUGAAAACCAAGUUUGAAACAGUAUAUUCAAGCUUCCCCAGAGGGGUGGGACCUCUCUGCCAGUGUUCACAACCUCAGUGAUUCACCCACUAUUCCUGGUGCCUGGAGUUGUGGUAACCCCUCCCCCCAGCCACCCUGAAAUUGCAUACACUCUCUAGCCCACAAUGAUACAUAAACUUGAUACAAUAUGGUCCCCAAAGACAUAACCUCUGUCACACACACAUGUUAAUUAACACAGUGGACAGGACAGACAAGGAUAAAAUUUGGUGGCUGGUCCUGAUUCACCCUAGGGCUAACAGCCAGGUGACACAAUGUUAAGCCCCACAUGUCCUGGUCUUUGUUGAGCACCAAGGCACGUUUAUGUAUUGUCUUCGUUAAAUCGUGUUCUAACACCCUGUAGUUUGCCACUGUAGACAAGUCCAGAGGGAGCGGGGUCACCACUUGUCAGAGAUGCUGAAGAUCCAUUCCAUUAGCUGAAGUCAAGCUACUGGCUCUCAGCACCACUGAUCACCCUGCCCUACUGCUCAGCUGGAAACACCAACUCAUCUUGAUACCAGCGUCAGUCGCCCUUUGAUGCUAAUUUACCAUGUUCUCUUUGGGUCCCCUGUUUGAAUUUGAGUUCUCACCCUUAACAGCCUUGCUGUCUAUUUGCUCUUUUGGCACCAUCAGACUCUUGUGCCUAUUACAAUUGACUGUUACAGAAAUGUCUGUGAUCUGACAUGUUACUGGCAAAGUGGAUUGAUUUCUGCCUGCAUAGGCUCUGUUAUUCAAGGUUAUUGCCUAUGUGAAACCCCCUUGGAUAGAUUCCCCUUGGGAAACCUGAGGGACGGCAGAGGAAUAGUUGCCUGGACCAUAUGCUUCUCUUGUGGUCUAGAAAGACGCUGUGACCCUGGUAUUUAUUCCCCCCCAAGAAGACACCAGCCUGGCUGGCCUGUGCAGGAACACAGCCAGUAAAUCACGGCCUCCAAACUCCCUAAUGGAAGGGGAGCUGCAUUAAGCCCAUUAACAUCAGCUAAAUGGUUACCAUCAAUUUUUAAUCAGAAAUAAAACCCAGAAAUAUGGUAAGUGAAUCCCAGCAGCAAGUAAAUUUAAAUAACGGUCACGGGGAAAUCCAAUCACUUAAGCCAAGAAGCCUACAAAGCAGGCGCUGCCUGUUUGACAGAGGAACGGGACGACAGACAGAUUAAUAAAGAUUAAAGUGCUGCAAAGUGAACAUGCAAACCGACCGGCUCCGUUAACCCUUCUUGCUCUGCAGCUGCUGGCGGGACUCCGCAGCGCGCCAUGCCGGCUCUGCUCCGGGACAGCGGGGCGUGCACACCGCUCCGGCACCCGCAGCAGCAGCGCGGGCUGGGCCCCGGGGAGAGGUCCACGGCGCCACGGCUGGUGGGCUCCGGGGCCAGCUGCGGCCCGGCCCUGGCGAUGGGAGGCGGCAGGUGGCCCCCCAAGUGAGCGAGCGCCCCCCGCUCUGCGCGGGAGCCGGCGAGCCAGGGGCUCCUGCGGUGCAGGGGCGAGAGCUGGGGGGCGGGGAGGAUGUUGCAGUGUCUCUCCGAGGGGCUGCUGGUGCUGGGGGCUGCUCUGCUCUGGCAGCCCUGCCAGGGCACCUGGAGCUGCGGGGAGCUGACCUGCGGCGAGCGGGAGAGCUGCUGUGACUACGGCAAUGUCACCCACGCGGAGAUCAAGUGCUGCAAGCUGCCCUUCCACACCUUCCUGGACAACGUGGGCUGGUUCGUGCGGAAGCUCUCGGGGCUGCUCAUCCUGCUGGUGCUCUUCGCCAUCGGCUACUUUCUGCAGCGCAUCAUCUGCCCCAGCCCCCGCCGGUACAACCGGCCGCAGCGCCAGGACUCGCCCGCCUCCCUGCUCAGCGUGACGGCGGCCACCUCGCAGGACUCCCUGCUGGACAGCGGCAGCGGCCGCCGCUACCCGGGCGAGCCGGAGCCGCCGCCGCAGACGGGCGCCCCGCUCUUCCUGCAGCUGCCCCGCUACGAAGAGGUGAAGUAUUUACCCACCUACGAGGAGUCCAUGCGGCUGCAGCCGCAGAGCCCCAGGGAGAUCGUCCUGCCCGUGUCCAGCCUGGCCACGGCCGCAAGCAGGGAGCCGGAGAGGGCGGGAGGCAGAGCCCCCUUUAGCUGAGCCCCGCGCCCCGAGAGCUGCGGGUCCCCGCGGGGGAUCAGAGGGAGUCCAAGGUGCCCAGAGGGGAGGGACUAGCCCAGUGCUGCUCCGAUGCACGGACACCCACUGCAGCAUCGCAACAAGGACUUCCAGUCUCUUCUGCAAGCAGCCGCUUCGCACCUUCCCUCUCCCUUGCAAAGCAGACAGCCCGGCUGCUGCUGGGCGCGGGGCAGGAGCGGAGGCUUUCCCCCACCCCCGCCUGAACCUCGUACAGGGGCUCGGUUCGCUCAAGGAAGCAAGGUGCAGCAGCCGGAGCCCCCUCUGCCCCAUCCUAGCCGUCCUGUCCUUUACUCGUAACUGAUAGAUCGUAAGUGCCUGGUUACUAGAGCAUCCAUCCCCUUUACUGGGGAUUAGGCGUUAAACUAGACACACCUGACCCUCUAAACAUCGGGUUUGGUUUCUCACACGAAUAACGUGUUCGUUGCUCCCUUCCUCGGGCAGAUUAAAACCCGAAAGGGAUCAAAUGUGAUUUACUCUGCGACACACUCAGCGUUUGUGCUCCAGGGCUGGGGGGCAAGGGAGAGGGGAGCUUUUUAACACUCUGGGUCAGCUUUGUAAAUCCUGCAAGAUCCCAGUCACUCUGCGCCCGGGAGAGAGUAGGUGUGGAGCUAGAGGGUAAAUACACGGAGCAUGGAGUAAUAUUAUUUCUGUUCAGCAGCUUGGGAUGACUGUACAGUGUAUAAGUAGUAGAACAAAGCAGCCCUCUGACAGGGCAUCCCACCUAGGUGCCUGUUCCAUGUCAUUAUAAUUAUAAACCUUACUCAGCAGUGAGAACUAAGUCCAUUUGGUUACUGUACAGGUCUUUAUCUGCAAGGAAAAGCUCAGUAUUGUAAUCAGAACACCCUAUCCCUGAUAAGGUGCAGUUCCACUCCAACCCCAUGAAAGGUAAUUACUUUCUCCCUUUUUCCUUUUAUUUGUAGAGUUUAUAAUUAAGCAAUACUUCCAAUGGAAAGCACACUUCCUGUUAGUUAAGGAUUUACUGGGCCUCACUACUGCUGCUGGUCACUUCUUUCUUGCAUUUGUCAACAAAAAAUUAGGUUGAGCAGUCAGCAUAAUUCUCCUUCCCUUUAAUACAGGAAAGGGAUUGUGUGUGUGCUGGAUCUCAGUUUUCAACCCAGUUCUUCUUUCUGUUUGAUCCUUUGGGAAGGACAGAAUAGGCUUAUAGCAAAAUGAAAGAGAACAUAAUGGAAUAAGAUGGAAUGUAAGAAAGUGAAAACAAAGUUUCUAACAUCACAAGUGUUUUGAUAACAUGUCAAUUUUACCUGUUGAGGAAAAUACUGGGUUCUGGCUGUAGCCCUAGAUCCAAACCUUUCCAGCAUCAAUAUGCAUGUGCUGGACUGGGCCCAUUCAUUCUUCAUCCUGCAGCAGUCACACAGAGUCACACACAUGCUGUGUACUUGAAAAAUGCCCUUCAGAACAUCUUACAAAAUAACUCACCUCUAUAUGUUAUCCACAAACUCUUUUUUUGGCCUCAUUAGGACCUUGGGCCCUAUCCUGCUCUCAUUUAAGUCAGUGGUAAAAGUCCUUUGGGCUCCAAUUAGAGCUGGAUCAGACUUCUGUGUGGAUUUGUGGCUCAGUCCCUAGCUAAUGAUGUAGUCAUCAUAUUUAAAAAAAAAAGGAAAGAAAAGAAAACCAAAGCCCCAUGUACAUAGCCUAUAAAUUAUAUCCUUCUGUGGAGCAUCUUUCAAAUGAGCAGGGAGAUGAUGUAUUGAGAUCUAUGCCAGAUGUAAUGUUAUUUAUGACAUUUAUCCCCAUGAGCUGAGAAAGGAGGAAUAACUCCAUAAAUGAAGCAUCCCCUCAUGAGUGAAGAUAAAUUCCAUGAAAGGUUAGGCACUGUAUAACACAUUUUUCUGCCAUUGGUUUCAAGACAAAUUGCUUUAGAAAAAAGUUGUGAAGCAAAAUAAAGUUGAAAUAUGCUGGAAAAGAAUACUCUGAAAAAACUGCUCAGCUUUUAUGAACUCAUGAGUUAUGUCAACAACAGAAUAACAGUGUAUAAAACAAAGGAACAGCAGCAAUGGAACGAUCUCCAUCAUAUAUAUGUAUAGCAUCCACAUAAAUGUGAAUAUAUGUAUUGUAUAUACUGUACAUAUAUUAAUGAGGGAAGUUGUGUGGCCUAGCACAUAGAGAAAUUCAGGAAUUCUGGUAUCUAUUCCUGGCACUGCCCACUGGCCUUCUGGGUGACCAUGGGCAAGUCACUAUGUCUUUCCAUGCCUCAGUUUCCCCAUCUGUAAAAUGAGGAUAAUGAUACUGGACUCUUUUGUAAAGUGCUCUCACAGCUAUUGGUGAAAAGUGCUAUAUAAGAAGUAGGUAUUAUUAUUGUCUGGAAAGAAGCUUCUGUCACUUCCGAACAGGAAACUGCUACCUGUAAUUCUCUCACAGGAUCAGGUGCUUGCAGAGUCAGCUCUUACAAAGAUGCAGAACUAGCUGUCUAGAAACUUGCCAUAGGUUGCCUUAUUUUACAUUUUAACUGAGUACAAAUGCAAGAAAGGCUUUCUGGAUAGAACAGGAACCUAUUUUGAAUACUUAUAUUUCAAAUUGCAUUUCUCUUUCAAAUGUUCACUAAAAACAGCUUUUAAUAAUUUCUUCGCUCCUGUUUGACAAUGCUAAGCAAAGGAAGAUGUCCCAAAGUACUGCAAUUAACAAUAAGAUCUGAUACCCAUAUUUAAAGCCCAGUCCUGUUCCCAUUGGCAUCAACAGAAGUAGGAUCAGACCCUUUUGCCAUAAUAUGGCGGUAGAGAAGAUCCUGAAAAGAAGAUUGCAAAGAACGUAAAAUCAAUCCUAUUCAUGCUGGUCAAUGGCAGGGAUCUUACUGACUUCAACAGAAACAGGGUCAGUUUCCUAGUAAGAAUUUUAAAAAGUUGCAGUACAGUUAGGAUUUGUCCUUUAUAAGUUAAAGUGCCUCUGUUAGUAGUUUCUCUUUACAGUUAUGAGAAACCCAAAGGAGGAAAAUAGUGGUCAUGAUUACCAUUUACAAAGCUGGUUUUGUAAACCCCUCUCACAUCAAGUUACUUGUGUGGUGUGACUAGGAAUACCUGUGUGUGGAAGGAAUGCAGCAUUGUUUAGUCAUCCAUUUUUUAAAAAUAUGCAAAAUCUGGAAAAAUUCAUCCCUGUUUUCCAUCUUGAAGGGGAAUCCUUAGAGAAUUUUCAUUGUAUCUUAUGAGAAAUAAUCCAGGGGUAGUUUUCAAAAGCAGAAAAUAUUCAGAGGAUUAAAAUAUUAAUGAAAAAUGCUAAAUUCUAGUAUAAUCUUUAAAUUUUAGUAAAAAAUUAAAGAAAGCACAGUGUUUCAGAUGAAAGAUUAACCCCUUUGGGAUUUGCACUAUGUUUUUUUCAAGGGGAGGAGAACACUGUGCAAAGGUUAGGCAGAAAGAAUAAUAGAAGCCCGCUCUGGAGCAGGCAUCCCAAGCCAAAACCUUAAAGUGUGAUACUCUUGUUAUCACUGAAGCAAAAUUCACAUUGAUUACAAAAUGUUUAACUAUUUGGGGCACAGUCAAUAUUCCUUUUGCAUUCUCAAGGAAUACCAUUUUUCAAAGAGGGUAACAAUAUUAGAUUAAUUUGGUAUAGUUUAAUGGAAGUCAGUGAUAGUUGUCUUGAGUAAAUCCUACAGUGCAGCCUGAUCCCUGUGUGUGUCGGAAAAAAAUGACUAAGGACACAAUUCUGAUCCCAUUAAAGUCAGCAGCCAAACUCCCAUUCUUUUCAGUGGAAACAGAACUGAUCCUGUACACUAGAGAGGUGCAAUUAGGGUAUGUACUCAUGUAUAUUUGAUCUGCAGUUCAGAUUCUCAUCCAAAAGCUUUUGGUAUUCAGUCCAACUUGGUUAAUGCACCAAACUUAAAAGACAUUCAGUUAGAAGUGCCUGUCAGGAAUAUAUAACUGUGUUUUUAGAAAAUUAUAAGGAUGGACUCAUUUGAAAAAUCAGAACUUUAAAUCUCAAUACAAAAUGUUACACGAUGUAAAAACAGGUCCUGAUAAUUUUUUAAAGACAAAUAUGUCUCCCACCUCAUCCUCUUUUUAUGCAGCUAAAUUUAUUAAAUCCCACUAUGCAGGUUCCAAAAAUCAACUAAUGCAACUUUUUAUCCUCAAUUUCUAAAAUAUGUCUUAGUUUAAAUUGAGAUGCAUUUUUUGCUUUCAGGUUUUUGUUUUUGUUUG